ACGUAACCUCACCAACGAACUGACAGUACGAUAGUGCCGUGCUAACGGUGUGGUACCAGUACAGUGAACUCGUGUUUGACCGCGAAUUUGUACGUGAAAGAAGCUAGGCCUACACUAGUGUAAAAUAGUGAAUACUUCGUGAAUAAAGCGUACAGUGAGGUGUGUCUGGUUGUGGAGGUGUAGCAGUGUGCAAUGUCAACUUAACCUCCCUGAUUCUUAUCAAAAUCUGCAUUGUUUUGAUAUAGAUUUGUCAUAUUAUUCUGUGUGCAUGACAUGUACAAAUGAAAACUAGUGAUUGUGUUAGAAGAGUUCAAGAGUGUGUCACAAUAUUAUAAAUCUACACAUCAGUACAAUGUCAACUUAACAUCCAAGAUGCUUAUCAGCAUAAUCGGCAUUGUUUUGAUAGUGGUUUAGCACAUGUGUUUCUUGUGAGUUCAAUAUAUUGCAAAAGUUAAUAUUUCUUGUGAAUCAAUCUAUAAACCUCCCUUGAGUCUUAUCAGAUUCUGCAUUGUUUUGGAAAGUGUUUCAGUUUAUGUCGAGUGAUUGUGGUGGAAUUGCUUUGUCAUAUCUUGGAAUUAGUAAUCGAAUUGGAGUGACAGUUCAUCGUUUUCACUAGAAGGUGUACAGCAUGCACCCACUCCAGAACACAGUGUUUGAAAACAGCACAUGAUGCCCGGAGAAAUGCCUGGGGUCAGGUGGGGUCACUGGUGACCCUCAAAUGAGAUUGUGGUGGGGUCGGUGGUUACCGAUUCCCCAAUCCUCCUCCUUACCCUCUAAUGGCGGCUGUCUGGUCCCUCUAAUGGCUGCCUGACUCCCCAAAGGGCUGCAUGAUCCCUCUAUUGGCCGCCUGCUCUCUCCAAUGACCGCCUACUACCUCUAAUGGCCACCCGAUUCCCUCUAAUGGCCGCCUGAUUCCCUCCAAUGGCCGCCUGAUUCCCACCAAUGGCUGCCUGAUCCCUCCAAUGGCUGUCUGCUCCCUCUGAUGACCGCCUACUCCCUCUAAUGGCUGCCACAGUUGCAGCAUGCCGUCGCCCCACCACUCUGUUGAUGGGAGGGGGCACCCCGCCACCAGUCCCUCCACGUGACAAGUGCAAUUCGGCUGCCACCCUCACGCACACACUCACGCAGGAUGAUGACACCGUCUCAGAGCUGGACGAGUCUGAGAUCAAACGCCAAUUACUCAACGAUAAAUGGCGUCAACUAUUUGACAAGUAUGAUCCAGAGGGCUUCGGUGAGAUACCUUGGGAUGACUUUGUUGAAGUUUUGAAAACACCGGACUUUGUGAGUGAAGUCACUCCCAACAAGCUGGAGCUGUUGGUGGAAAGGUCGCAAGAUAGAAGGACCACUGCUAUCACUUUUCAGGAUUUCGUCAAUGUGAUGAGCGGUAAAAGGACUCGCAGCUUCAAGUGUGCUGUCCAUCACAGAGACAGGGAGGUGUCGAGUGAAAACGAUUUUCAUAUUCUUCUGCAAGAGCCUCCACUCUUUAGAAGAAUGGUGCAGCUAAUUGCAGCGGAGUUCCUCACGGAGGAGAGGGACAGAAAAUACUACGCAGAUCACUACACAUGCUGUCCCCCUCCACUUUUCAUUAUUAUGAUUACAAUUUUAGAGCUUGGCUUUUUUACCUACUACACUGUGUCGAAAGGAGAACUGAAUCCUUCGGGCCCCGUCCCCACAGACAGCCUUUUUAUCUACCGUCCUGACAAGCGCCUUGAAAUUUGGAGAUUCUUUUUUUAUAUGGUCCUUCAUGCAGGAUGGUUGCAUUUGAUCUUCAACUUGUUGGUGCAAGUGUUAGUGGGUCUGCCCUUGGAAAUGGUGCACGGUUCACUUAGGAUAGGAACUGUUUAUAUGGCUGGAGUAUUAGCUGGUUCAUUAGGAACUUCUGUUUUUGAUAUGGAUGUCUGCUUGGUGGGUGCCUCGGGAGGGGUCUACGCACUCCUAGCAGCUCAUCUGGCCAAUGUUUUGCUGAACUACAACAACAUGGAGUUCGGCAUAGUCAGGCUUGUUGGAGUCAUUGUAGUUGGUGAGCAUUUUUUUCUUUCAUUUGUUACAGAAAUACUUGAAAAGUUGAUACUUUUCAUUUAUAACAAACCUUAUCUUUUUAUAAAAAUAGAACGGUGGGUGGCUUUGGGAGUUUACGCUGCUUGCACGUUAUUCGCCGUUUUAUUCAACAUAUUACCACCGAGCUACGGGCCAUGAUACAUUGCCUUCAGCCGUAUCAUGGUGUGAUAGAAACGUAUCAGUGUGAUAGAAUUGUAUCAAAUGAGAUCCAGUAUCGUAUCAUAAAGUCAGUAUUGUAUCAUAUGAGUCCUGUAUCAUAUGGUGUAGGCCUAUGAUGCAAACGUAUUUUGUGAGAUAUAGCAACGUAUCUUCAAGCUGUAAAAAAUUAUUCUAUUAUUUGUGAUACAGUAUCAUAUCGCUUUUAAAUGUAUCAUUAUGUGACAUGAACAUGUCAAAGAGUGAUUGAUUUAUUUCAUAAUGAGAUUUAGUAGCCUUAUUUAUACAUUAUCACAUUCAAUUGUAUCAUGGUGUUGGAUAUUAUUAUGUUAGAUUGUUAUACAAUAAUGUAUCAUGGUGAGAUCCACCAUUUUAUCAUGAGCUUGUACUAUGUUAUCAUGAUGUGCUACAGUAAGCCUUCAAACGUUCAAACCGUUUUAGGUUUCAUGGUUUUAUACAAAUGUGUUGAAUUUUGUAUCAUAGUAUCAUAGGCCUUUAGCCUACAAUAUCAUGAAUUGGUUACAAUGAAUCUUGUAAUGUGGAACAUUGUCAAAGUGUGAUAUAAUAUUAUCAUAGUGUGAUAAAAUGCUAUCAUAUUUUGAUACAAUGUUAUCGUAUUGUUAUACAAUCUUUCCAUAAGGUGAUACUGCUGUGUCCAAAUUUGAUACAAUUCUAGAUGCAAGUCAUCGUGAUAAGUCUAGAACUUAAAAGACUCUCUCCAAUAGGCCUAAAUUUUGUAUCUAUGUAUUUAUUAACUGUAUUGCGUGUAAUUAACAUAUAAUUAUAUUUAUUGAAUCUAUGUUGCUUUCUACCAAUGUGUAUUCUUUGUUAUAUAUAGCCUAAUUGUUGUAAAUCAAUGUACAUCACAAGAAUCUCUCCAUCAAUAUUGUAAAAAAACAAUAAUUUUCAAUGUGUAUUAUUUGUUCAUAAGCCACGUCAUUAUUGGUAUUGUGCUAUGAUCUGUUAUGGCUGUAGGAGUCAACUUGAACAAAAAAUCUUAUUACCAAAACCCAAAAAAAUCAAGAAGUAGUUA